AUGCUUACCCUCAUGAGUGUUCCUGGUAGUGUGUCGUUUGUUAAAACGACGCUGUUACGGGCGGCCGAAUUGGAGCAAAAGGACCCAAUUAUCGCGUACUUUUGCAAGCUUUAUGCAGUGCAGCAAGUGCUGGCCACGAAAUUGCACCAGAGCGACGAGCAGGUGAAGCAAUUUGCUACCGAUUUGUUGGGCGAGAUUGAGACGGCAAAAGAGAGCGAGGCUCUGUCGAAACCGGAAGCUUUGGAGAUUAUCUCGAACGAUGAAGUUGGCAAGGCAUACGCCACCAAUUUUGCUUCGUCAAUUUUUGAGCGAGCAGCCAAGGCGGUUGAUGAGCGUCGAGCUACCAAAGCUACUGCCCAGACGUUUUUGGCGGCGGUCAAUUUCUUCGAUUUGCAACAGAUCUGGGAGGAGCCUGAUGAAGCGGUGAAGCAGCAGAUCAAGUAUGCGAAAUUCCAAGCUGCACGAAUUCUCCGGGCACUGAAAGAAGGCAGAGAUCCUACCCAAGAGGAGCCCCAAAACCAAGUCGAGGACCAAGUCGAGGCCAAACUCGAAGACGGCCCUCAAGACGAAGACAGUGAACCGGCCGACAGCGAGCUGCAACUUCCAGAGACUCCAGCAGAGAACCCUAUUUCGUUGCCGUCCACUCCAGCGACCCCUCCCGAUGUUUCGCUCCCUGCCAUUCCAGAUGCCCAGCCGAACGACUUAGGGCUUCCAAGAACGCCUGGCGCCACCCCAUCGGUGCCCUUUGACUACGACGCACCGCCCAAAAAGCCCGACCAGACAGACUUCACCCAGCCCCAGCAGGCGGCACGCUCACAAGCCCCAGCGGCGCCGUCUGCGCACCCCAGCAAACCAGCCAAGCACAAGGCUAUUAAUAUGAAGAGUGUGAUGGCCGAGGCGGCCACAACGACCUCAGCCCAAAAGCACGCCAAGUACGCAAUUUCAGCGCUGAAUUACGACGACAUUGAUACAGCCGUUGCCGAACUCACCAAGGCCCUGGAGAUCCUGCGACACUUCAAGGCUCAAUAA